UAUGUAAGAGUUUUUCCAGAGAUGAUCCUCUAUACCUGCGGCUCAAUCUCAGGUUUCAUUCAAGACGUUUAUGCGUCAGCAACAGCUGUCCUGGAGCUCGCGCUGGCCCUGGGUAAGAGAGACAGACUUCAGCUGGAAGGAAGACCAAAGACUGAAGGUUUUUUGGAAAUAUUAACCUCACUGUGACAGGAGCUUGGGUGUAGAGAUUCCCCGUUGAGGUGGUAUCUCUUCGCGAUGCCAAGAUGGCAAGCCUGCUCCCUCCCACAGGCACCGACGUCUUCCACCGAUUCACCCCAGAGUCGCUGGCGGAGAUCGACAGGCUCAUCCAGGAGAGGAGCACCAGGGAGGAUGUAGAGGGGGUUGAGGAGGAACCACAGGCCCCGAGCAGUGAUCUGGAGGCAGGAAAAUGCCUGCCAAUGAUCUAUGGCGACCCACCAGAGGAUCUCCUCAACACUCCUCUGGAGGACAUAGACCCCUUCUAUAAAACAAAGAAAACUUUUAUUGUCGUAAGUAAGGGAAACACAAUCUACAGGUUCUCUGCUGAACCAGCGCUGUUUUGUAUCAGUCCUUUUAGUCUUGUCAGAAGAGGAGCCAUCAAAAUUCUUAUACAUUCAUAUUUUAGUAUGUUCAUCAUGAUCACCAUCCUGUCCAACUGCGUGUUCAUGACAAUGAGUAACCCUCCAGCCUGGAGUAAAACUGUCGAGUAUGUUUUUACUGGUAUAUAUACCUUUGAAGCAACAAUCAAAGUUUUGUCUCGAGGCUUCUGCAUCGGACCUUUCACAUUCCUCCGUGAUCCAUGGAACUGGCUUGAUUUCAUGGUGAUCAGCAUGGCGUACAUCACAGAGUUUGUAGACCUUGGUAAUGUGUCAGCACUGAGGACAUUUCGUGUGCUUCGAGCUCUCAAAACAAUCACAGUUAUUCCUGGUUUAAAAACCAUUGUUGGGGCUUUGAUUCAGUCUGUCAAGAAGAUGGUAAACGUAAUGAUUUUGACCCUUUUUGCACUGGCUGUAUUUGCCCUCAUUGGCCUGCAGCUGUUCAUGGGAAAUCUACGUCAUAAGUGCAUCCGUUGGCCCAUUCUCAACAGCACCAUCUUUGAUGACUACAACUCCACCAUGGUCAAUGACACCGUUCUCAACAUCACAGAUACUUUCGAUUUCAAAGCGUACAUAGACAAUGAAGAAAACCAAUACUUUCUGGAAGGAAGUUUAGAUGCUUUAUUAUGUGGUAACAGCUCUGAUGCUGGGAGGUGCCCAGAGGGUUACACAUGUAUGAAGGCUGGACGAAACCCAAACUAUGGCUACACCAGCUAUGACACCUUUGGCUGGGCGUUUCUCGCCCUCUUCAGACUCAUGACUCAGGACUAUUGGGAGAAUCUCUUUCAGUUGACCCUUCGUGCCGCUGGAAAGACCUACAUGAUCUUCUUUGUGGUGGUUAUCUUCCUGGGCUCCUUCUACCUCAUCAAUCUGAUCUUGGCUGUGGUUGCGAUGGCAUACGACGAGCAGAACGAAGCAACCUUGGCUGAAGCUCGUGAGAAAGAAGAGGAGUUUCAAAGAUUACUUGAGCAACUCAGGAACCAAGAGCAAGAGGCAGGCAGUAAAGCAUCGUUGGCCAGCCAGACUACGCAAAGUCGAGCGUCAAGCAGGACGGGUUCCCUGCACAGUCUCGCUGGUGAUGAUGUAAUAAAGGACUGUAAUGGCCGAAUAGUGCCUCGCCUCGUCGUCAACAGAGCCUCCUCUAGCAAAGAGUUAUCCGCUGAAGAGGAUCACAAGUCCAUGAGCUUCAAACACAGCAUGCAGUACCUGGAACAGCCCAAAGUCUCCAAGAGAACAGCUAGUGCUAUCAGUGUGCUCACUGCAACUAUGGAGGAGUUGGAAGAUGCUCAGAGGCCUUGUCCCCCUGGCUGGUAUAAGUUCGCUGAUAUUUUCUUUAAAUGGGACUGCUGCGGUCCCUGGAUCAUAUUUAAGAAGUGGGUUCAUUUCAUAGUGAUGGACCCAUUUGUGGAUCUUGGUAUCACCAUCUGUAUUGUGCUCAACACACUUUUCAUGGCCAUGGAGCACUACCCCAUGAGUCUGCAUUUCGAACAUGUUCUCUCAGUGGGCAACUUGGUAUUUACAGGAAUCUUCACAGCUGAAAUGGUGUUCAAGCUCAUUGCAAUGGACCCCUACUACUACUUCCAGGUGGGCUGGAAUAUUUUUGACAGUAUCAUUGUAACACUCAGCCUGGUGGAGUUGGGACUGGCCAAUGUUCAGGGAUUGUCCGUGCUCAGGUCCUUCCGUUUGCUACGUGUCUUCAAACUGGCUAAAUCUUGGCCCACCCUUAACAUGCUGAUCAAGAUCAUCGGCAACUCAGUAGGUGCCCUGGGGAACCUAACGCUUGUCCUGGCCAUCAUCGUCUUCAUCUUCGCCGUGGUAGGCAUGCAGCUUUUCGGCAAGAGCUACAAGGACUGCGUUUGCAAGAUCUCUGAGGACUGCGAGCUGCCCCGCUGGCACAUGAACGACUUCUUCCACUCUUUCCUCAUCGUCUUUCGGAUCUUGUGUGGAGAGUGGAUCGAGACCAUGUGGGACUGUAUGGAAGUGGCAGGAGCGGCCAUGUGCUUGAUAGUCUUCAUGAUGGUCAUGGUCAUUGGAAACCUUGUGGUACUGAACCUGUUCCUGGCCCUGCUGCUCAGCUCCUUCAGCGGGGACAACCUGUCUGGAGGUGAUGAUGAUGGUGAGAUGAACAACCUUCAGAUCGCCAUUGGUCGCAUCACCAGGGGUGUAGACUGGCUUAAAGCUUUCAUCUCCAGUAUGUUGCGACGGAUACUAGGAAAGAAACCACCUAAAAAUAAUGAGGAAGGAGGGGAAGGAGGCACAGAACUGUGUACUAUAAACCACCUGGAUGAGGGGAAAAUGGCAGAUGGCUUGACAAACUGUUUGCCUUCAACACUGACUGUACCUAUCGCUCGUUGUGAGUCUGAUGUUGAAGAGGAUGAGGACUCCAGUGAAUCUUCUGAUGAGGAGAAUGUAAAGGCCCCUGUUAAUGAUGGCGACUCCUCAGUUUGUAGCACAGUAGACUACCGACCUCCAGAACCAGAGCCUGAACCCGAAGAGGAAGAAGAACCAGAGCCUGAAGAACCAGAGUCCUGUUUCACAGAGGGUUGUGUUAGGCGAUUUCCAUGUUUGAAUGUCGACAUCACAGAAGGAUGGGGGAAAAAGUGGUGGAACCUUCGAAGAACAUGCUUCACCAUCGUCGAGCAUGACUACUUUGAGACCUUCAUCAUCUUUAUGAUCCUCCUUAGCAGUGGAGCACUGGCUUUUGAGGAUAUCAACAUUGAGCGCCGCAGAGUAAUCAAGACUAUCCUGGAGUAUGCUGAUAAAGUUUUCACAUACGUUUUCAUAGUGGAGAUGUUACUAAAGUGGGUGGCAUAUGGUUUCAAGACCUACUUCACUAAUGCAUGGUGCUGGCUGGACUUUCUCAUUGUAGAUGUGUCACUAGUCAGUUUAACAGCCAAUUUAUUGGGAUAUUCUGAGCUGGGAGCAAUCAAAUCUCUUAGAACGCUCAGGGCUCUUCGACCUCUUCGAGCCCUUUCAAGAUUUGAGGGAAUGAGGGUGGUAGUGAAUGCACUGGUUGGUGCCAUUCCCUCCAUUUUUAAUGUGCUGCUGGUGUGUCUGAUAUUCUGGCUCAUCUUCAGCAUUAUGGGAGUCAAUCUGUUUGCUGGAAAGUUCUACCAUUGCAUUAACACCACUACGGAGGAACGCUUCCCCAUGGACGUGGUCAACAACAAGAGUGACUGUAUAGCACUGAUGCACACCAAUGAGGCACGCUGGGUCAAUGUAAAGGUCAACUAUGACAACGUGGGAACCGGCUACCUCUCUUUACUGCAAAUCGCCACAUUUAAAGGCUGGAUGGAUAUCAUGUAUGCUGCAGUGGAUUCUAGAGAGGUGGAGGAACAGCCAUCAUAUGAGAUCAACCUUUACAUGUACCUAUAUUUUGUUAUUUUCAUCAUUUUUGGCUCCUUCUUCACUCUCAACCUCUUCAUUGGUGUCAUCAUUGACAACUUCAAUCAGCAAAAGGCCAAGUUUGGAGGGAAAGACAUUUUCAUGACAGAGGAACAAAAAAAGUACUACAAUGCCAUGAAGAAGCUGGGUUCCAAAAAACCUGCAAAACCUAUCCCUCGGCCAUCGAAUGAGAUCCAGGGUGUGGUGUUUGACUUCAUAACAAAACAGUUCUUUGACAUCUUUAUCAUGGUGCUUAUCUGCCUCAAUAUGGUGACCAUGAUGAUAGAGACAGAUGACCAGAGUCCUGAGAAAGAGGAUAUCCUGUACCAGAUCAAUUUGGUCUUCAUCGUCAUCUUCACAGGAGAAUGCAUUCUUAAGAUGUUUGCGCUCAGACAUUACUUUUUCACUAUUGGCUGGAACGUCUUUGAUUUUGUUGUGGUCAUCCUUUCUAUAGCAGGUCUGAUGUUAUCAGACAUCAUUGAGAAGUACUUUGUGUCUCCCACCUUGUUCCGUGUCAUCCGGCUCGCCAGAAUCGGCCGUGUGCUGCGUCUCAUCAGAGGGGCAAAAGGCAUUAGGACUCUUUUGUUUGCCUUGAUGAUGUCACUUCCCGCCCUCUUCAACAUCGGAUUGCUUCUGUUCCUCAUUAUGUUCAUCUUCUCCAUCUUUGCCAUGUCUAACUUUGCCUAUGUGAAAAAGCAGGCAGGCAUCGACGACAUCUUCAACUUUGAAACAUUUGGCGGCAGCAUCAUCUGCCUGUUUGAGAUCACAACCUCAGCAGGCUGGGAUGGGCUUCUGCUGCCGAUUCUUAACAGCGGCCCUCCAGAUUGUGACCCUGACUUUGAGAACCCUGGUACAGAUGUUCGGGGUAACUGUGGGAACCCUGGCAUGGGCAUCAUGUUUUUCUGCAGUUACAUCAUCAUGUCUUUCCUGGUGGUCGUGAACAUGUACAUUGCUAUCAUUCUCGAGAACUUCAAUGUUGCUCAGGAGGAGAGCGGAGACCCGCUCUGCGAGGAUGACUUUGAGAUGUUCGACGAGACGUGGGAAAAGUUUGACACUGAUGCUACGCAGUUCAUCGAUUACAACCGCGUGUUUGACUUCGUCGAUGCUUUGCAGGAGCCUUUGCGAAUUGCCAAACCCAAUCGCCUCAAACUAAUCACCAUGGAUCUGCCCAUUGUAACCGGCGACAAAAUACACUGUCUGGAUAUUCUUUUGGCAGUUACCCGUGAGGUUCUUGGUGACACGAUUGAGAUGGCUGCCAUGAAGGAGAGCAUCGAAGCCAAGUUCAAAAUGAGCAAUCCCACAUCUGCCUCGUUUGAGCCCAUCACCACCACACUCAGGAGGAAAGAGGAAGAGCGUGCAGCCAUCGCGGUUCAACGAACAUACCGUAGGCAUCUCCUCAAACGUGCUAUCCGCUAUGCCUGCUUCAUGCAUCGUUCAAAGCGGAAAGUUAGGAGUAAAGACGAUGGCGAACCUCCUGAAACCGAAGGGUUGAUUGCAAGGAAAAUGGAUGCCCUAUAUGGCAGCAAUCCAGAACUCGCCAUGGCUCUUGAGCUGCAGGCUAGGCCAAUGCCCCCUAGUGCACAGCCACCCAACCCCACCACAGUCACACAACACAGAGUAUCAGUAACCUACCCUCGACCACAUGGACAACUCAUAUUACCAGUAGAGCUCACAAGUGAAGUGAUCCUCCGGUCCGCACCCACGACGCAUGGCCUUUGCAGUUCAGAGAAUGCAACAAUAAAAGAGUCAAUAGUAUAGCUGGUGGACAAUGACUAUGGACUGAGAAUAAUCCUUGUAAUGUAAAACGGAGUAUCACCUGCACACACUGAACAACGUAUGCUCCAAAAAAAAAAAGAUGGCUGAAAGGAUUACACAGGACUGCUACAGUGUGACAGCAUUGGAAUGCUAUUUCUUGGGGAGUACUGUUUUUUAUUAUUUAAACUUUUGUAAAGACCUGUUUUAUUUAGAAUUCAUUUUAUUUGUUCCCAAUUAGAAAUGUCCUAGUAUAUUUGUCAUGAUGUAGCCAAGUUCUUAUGCCCUUAUACGUAUAUAUGUUUGCGGUCACGCAGUUAGAGUUUUUUCUAAAUUUUCCCUGUUAUAGCGCCACCAAGUGGCUAAGUGGCGCAAUUUUUUUUCAUGUGACCUCAGAUUGAGCCCAUACACAAAUGUACCAAAUUUGGUCCAUAUAUCUCAUUCAGCCCAAGAGUUAUAGCCAUAUAGGUAAAAGUGGACACUCCCAGUUUGAACUUUUGGUGCCAUCUUGGGAAUGAGCUGAAAGUUAAACUUUUUUUAAAUAAUCAUUGAUAUUCAGCCUCCAGAUAAUCUUUCUGCACUGGUUUGGUUCCUUUCGGGUGAAAAACCUGGGACUUUUGUUUGCAGAAGUGAGUUUUGGAAGAAAAAAAAUUCUAAUAUGGUGGAAAAAAGUUCAUAGUUUAUCCCCUGCACAUUAAUACCAAGCAAUUCUACUGUAUACAAAGCUUAAAGCACAAUUUUCUCAAUAAGCUUGGAUUUUACAGGCUCAUCAUAGUCUUAAACGCACCUUGUCUUAAAUAAUCUUUUGCAUACUUGUUGCAAGUUGUAUCAGUAUUUAUUGCUCCCGGACAAUUAAUAAUUAGUUUUUAAAAAUUCUUUCCAAUAAUCAAAAAAGUUCCUACAGUAUUUAUAAACACUUAUCACUGGUAAAAACUACUAAAAACAUUGUUAUUGACUUUAACAUGUCCCAGAGUCUGUUUAGUCUACUGAACUAUUUAUAAUCUCAGUUUGUUUACCAGUUUACAGCAGAAUGGAGGAAUGAGUAGAACAGAAACUGAUCCUGUACAGUGGGGUGUAUGGAGGCACUUUAAGCAGAAUGUGCCACUAUGAAAAACACAUACAGUGCAGCUGUAGUGCCGAGUGAUUGUACUAUACAUUUUUUUAAAUAUAUUGUAAAUUAUAACUUGAAGCACUGAAACCAUAGUGUAAUUGUAGCAUGUCCUUUUAUUGCCCUGGUAGUCAAAACAUUUAGAUUUUCACUUGUGAUUAUUUAACUAAUAUGCUAAAAAUCUACCAAGCCUGAAAAGUAAAUGCAGUUUUCAUGUUCUCAUGUUCUUAUUCAGAAGAUAUCAGUUAAAUAAAAAAAAACUAGUUUGAAUAACCCCAAUUCACAAUUCUUACCUAAUUUAUCUGUAGCUGAAAUUUGUAUUUAUUACUGGAGAUAUGGUUGUGAUGUUUACACCUUCCUUUAAAUUCCUUUCAUUAAAUUAUUGAAUAAUAAAAUUUUUAAUUUGUCAUUUUAAAACAUUUUCAGUUAAUGCUACCCCAAAAACAUACAGUGUUUUAGUACCUGUGAGUCAUAGCUUAACAUUUUAUGUAUUAGAGAUAUUUAAUAAUGGAUUUCCUCUGAAGUCUUAAUGUGACUGCAAAUGUCUUAUUUCUUAAAACUCAUAAAUUAAGCACUUUUAAGAUAUUUAUAUUUACCUCUUGUAUAGUUUUUAGAUUGGGUCUCUCAUUACCAAAAAAAAGCAUAGUUUACUGUAUGUUCAAAUGAGAAUUUAUUUUAUUGAGAAAAAAAAAUCUCAUGAGCUUGUAUGUAAUCUGUGUGCCGUUUUGUGCACUUUUGGUUUCAUAUUGAUAUUGUUAAUAUGCAUAUAAUUUUCUAUUGUUUACAUUUUUAUCAAGGAGAGAGAGACAUUGCAGUGCUUUAGCUUUUGCUUGCCUUUAUUUGCCUGUAUAUACACUUUGCAGAUAGAAGCGUAUUUCUCAGAUGCUGUCUUUUUCUUUGUAUCACCACUUGACAACAUUUAAUUCAAUGUGCAUUCAUAGAAUAAAUUUGAUAAGAUAAAUUUGUCUCUUCAUGCUUUAAAGGUUAGUAUUGCAUCUCAGAUUGCAGUUCUUCAG